CGCGCAUGACGUACUUUGGUAGCCUUGGCAACCGUUGUAAAUCACACCGCUGCUGGCGUUGAAGUUGACGUUCUUGGUUUCAGUCGUGAUUUCUUCAAGAAGCCAUGUCUAGCAGCUGUAAACAGAAACAUCAGCAUUUUAGGAGUGAUGUCCACAGAAUGCUGCUCGCUGCUGAUGCAGCUCAGAAAGCCGAUAUCUUCACCUACUCCUCAGGCCAUCUGGGACCCCGCAGCCUGGACCAGAGCCCUCCUGCCGAAGAGGCAAAGCCGUGUUUCUGGAAGACCUCUCAAAGAAAAGAAGAAGGUAUAAAGCGAAGACAGGCACAGAUGCUGGGCUGUGUGAGGAAAAAAGAGAACACCUCCGGCGCUGCUUUUGUAGACGCGGAGGUCUUGAGGUCAAAACGAGAUCAGGCCAGAGAUUAUUCAUCACAUGCAGGCACAAGAAAGGAUACAUCUCCCACUGAAACAGCUUAUUCUUCUUCAAACUCUUUGUCACUACCGCUAAAAGAUGUUUCUCAGAAAGAAUCUAACUGUUCAUCUGUUCAAGCAAAUCUGCAAUUUUCCCUGAACGAUUCUAACCAUGAAACUCUGGACAAUGAAGGCCAGGUAGAGGUGAAGCUGAGGUUUGAGAAGGCAGAUACAGCCAAGCAGGACGUCAGGGAGGGACCUAAAGUUGCUGAAGUGUGCAAGAGGAAACUCCAAAAGGAGUUGAAGAAGUUGUCAGGACUGAGCUGGCCCAGCAGAGACCGCCUUGCGGUGUUCAGUGACGUCUUUGAUGAUGUAUGUGAAGGCUCGCCAGUAUUUGGACGCAUCCUGAGGGAAAUCAAGGCUGAAUAUGAUUUAUACAUCAAUCACUUGAUGGACUCUCAUUCCUCGCGAGAUAAUGUGACUCUGCAGGCUUUAAUUCAAGAUAUCGGUGAGAUUAAAAUAAGUGAUAAAGAUAAAGUGGAUUACGCAGAAAAAGAGGUUUGCAGGCUAGAGGAAGAGGUCAGAGGAACUCUAGAGGAGAAUAAACGAGUCCAAGAUGAGCUGAACAACCUUCUAGCCGUAAUACAACAAAGUAGCAUAAAGAAUACAUCCCUGUCCAGAAACGAGGACAGCGGGGCAGCCAUAGACCACACCAGCAUCGUCCAGUUCAGGAGACUUCAGGUGCUGAAUGUGCUGGAGGAGAUCCAGCAGCUGGAGGGGGAGCUCCAAACAAAGCUGGCGUCCACUGUUGCAGCUGCUGCCUCUGAAAGACGUGUCAAAGAUCUAAAGACAGAAACAAUAAAUCUAAUAGCUUCAAAUGACCGUCUAAGGACCAUUAACAAGGAUCUACAGAAAAACAUCAGUUUGGUGUUGGACAGGGAGAGGCCCAGAAGAGCUAUCACACAGAUGCUGUGGAGUGAAAUACACAAGGAUCUCCAAACAGAUGGUGAAUUCCUCAAGUCAUAAACAAAUCAGAUAAUUUGUUGCACAAUUAAAGACAGGCAGUAUGUGCAGGAUAAAAAUUAAUAAACAGCAGGAAAAAGCAGAAAUAAAAAAAAAAAGAAAACAUUUGCCAAAAAUUAAAACCUGUCUAUUUGUCACUUACCUCACAAUUAUACACUUCUUUGUACUGUUGCAUCAUGGAAAAUCUAAAUAAAAUACAUUAAAAUCGGUGGUAAAAAUGCA